GAGCUGAAGGAGACAGAAGACCAGAUCCUUUUCUGCCUCAGCUCCACAGAGGGAAACCCUGUGGACGAUAAGGAACUCAUACGGGUGCUGGGAGCCUCCAAGGUCAAGUCCUCAGACUCAGGGAGCAGUGUGACCACCACACUUCAACUUGAUCCCUUUGGAUUUCCCAAAAAUAGGCUUUUACAUGUUAUUCCUAAAUGUAUUUUAACUCUGUCCCUUUGCGAAGAAGAUACUGAUACUGUUACUGUUGAAUCAACUGUUGAGUCAUUGAUGAGGCAAUAUGACAGUCACACACAGGCUGAUGUCAUUGUCAGGCCAAAGUGAUAGUGCUGAGGAGACAGAGCGUGACAUUGAUGCCACACGUCUGGAGUAUGUCCCCGUGGCCGUGCGUACUCAGAUCCUUUUCUUCUGCGUGUUGGACCUGUCCAACGUGGACCCCAUUUACCAGUACCCCCUGGAGUGGUUCCUGGGCAUCUUCAUGUCGUUCAUUGCCAACUUCGAGAUGUCAGGUAAAGAGAGCUCACACACCCACAUAAAUGCAGACACAUAUUUGUACACAUGUUAUGACAACCCUUUCACAAUUGAAUGAUAAAAUAUUAACACCACAGCAUUGUCAAACUCUUGGCCAAACACUUUUUUAUAGCAUAUAUCAUUGUUAUGCACCACAUUUAACAUGAAUAUAUCCAACCCCCUAAUAAACUCUUAAUAACCUGCUCCUGUUUGCAUUGUGUUGGCCCUGUGUGUCCCUCCCGGACACGGUGGAGUAGAGGAUCAUCAACAGUGAGUUCUUCACCUUCAGCCUGUACAUCGAAGUGCGCCGCUCAUGUUCGCCUUCCUGCUGUGCGCUCGUAUCAUGAUGAACAAGAACAAGAUCGAUAUGGUAGGAGGAGGAACUGGUGGUGUUUGGUCUGUAUUGUUGUGUUUACAGUGUAUCUGUGCUCAUACUCUGUCUGUGUCCCCCCUGCCAGUAUGAGUGGCAGUACGCGCUGGCAGGGGGCGCGCCCUAGCAGCAGCUGGCCAACCCUGCAGUGAGCUGGCUGUCUGAGCGUGCCUGGCAGGACAUCCUGGGCCUCAGCGCUUUGCCCACCUUCAACAGCCUGGCAGAGAGCUUCCCCAAACACUUGCUGGGUUUCAAGGGGCUUUGACAGCAGCCAGCCAAACAGGUCUUUCCCCAAACACACACCACACACAAUUCCUUACAGAUUCACAGAGGUGUGCCAUAUACACACACAAACACACAUUUAUCAUAGACACAAUUAGGGUUGUCACGAUACCAGUAUUGCAAUACCCGAUUUUCCAUGGCAAAAAAGAAAACACCAAGCAGACUAAACUUUAUGGUCCUCUUAGAACUUGCUUUAUGGAAAAUAAACAAAUGUGACUCUUAGUGACAUUAUAAGACUGUUCCCAAGAUAAGGACUGUUUUCUCUGGAAACUUUGUCCACUACAUGUUUUGUUUCCUUGCCACGAUACUUCUGAGUACCAUGACAACCCUAGACAACACAUGUUAGUUUGUUGUGUGUCAAUAGAUGAUGCACAUAGCUGACUGGUGUGUGUGUGUGUGUGUGUGUGUGUGUGUGUGUGUGUGUGUGUGUGUGUGUCUGUUGUGUGUGUGUGUGUGUGUGUGUGUGUGUGUGUGUGUGUGUGUGUGUGUGUGUGUGUGUGUGUGUGUGUGUUGAUCCUGCGCUGCCUGCGGGCUGAUCACUUGACUCACAGCCUGCAGGACUUUGUGUCUGCUCAGCUGUGUCAGCGCUUCAUGGAGCCACAGGUGCUGUACCAGCACUGUUUCACAUUUGCCUUUUCGGACAGUGAAGACAUCGAAGUUGCAUUUUCCUCACUGCUAUUGUCAAUGCCAUCUAUGGUUUAAUUUUGGUUCGGCCUGUAUCCAUCGCAGUGUAAACACUUUGCUACCAGGUUUAUUCUAAAGCCAUUUGGUUUAAAUAUUUACAAUCACUGUAGAGCUCAUCAGAUUUUUUCCCAAUGUAGCUCACCUCAUUGUUUAUUUGAUGUUUCUCAAACACCCUUCUGUACUGUACCUCUCUCCUUCCUCCCUACCUCCCUACCUCCCUCCUUCCAUCCCUUUCUCCUUCCUUCCAUCUCUCCCUCAGGCUUCAGAUCUGUCUGUGGUAUUUAAGGAGUUGUCCCCCUCCACGCUCCUUAUCUUCUGCCUCUCCCCUGGUACUGACCCAGCCGCUGACCUCUUCAAUUAGCUGAUGUCAUGAAGUUCUCCAAGAUUAGUGCCAUCUCCCUGUGCCAGGGGCAGGUUAGCAGGGCCUGGGGAAUGCCUGGGAAAACUCACUAUUCACACCCAAGGGACAGCCCACUGUAAAUCAGUCCUCCCAAUGAGAUCACUCUCAUUUCUCAUGCUAAGAAUAGCUUAGUCUCCCCACCUCAGUGCUAAUUACCAGUCUAUUUCUAGCCAGAGGACUACUCUGUUUCCUGUAUCCCCUACUAAAGAAAUGCUACAUUCACCAUCACUAAGCGUGCAAGCCAGUCUGAGAAAUAACUGAGAAAGAGCUAGGCCCAGGCUCAAAGUCAUGAGGUUUGAACCUAAGCCUGGUGAUCUCUACAGUUUUACCUGUCCAUGUUGGUAUCAUCUGAGACCGCUGUGUAACUGGUCCUGUGUGUUGUGGUUGUGUGUCAUGGUCCCUGGGCUGAGGCCAUGAUACACAGUGCCAUGGAGAGGGGCAAGUGGGUCUUCUUCCAGAAUUGCCACCUAGCACCCAGCUGGAUGCCCUCUGUGGAGAAACGAAUUGACAACAUUGACCCAGAUAAGGUGGGCUCACCUAGAAGAACACACACACACACACACAAAGCUGAAAACAGUCAAAAGUUUGGACACACCUACUCAUUCAAGAGUUUUUCUUUAUUUUUACUAUUUUCUACAUUGUACAAUAAAACGUUUGACUGGUACUGUUAACUGAGUGUACAAAACAUAAAGAACACCUUCCUAAUGUUGAGUUUCACCCCCCACCCCCUUUUUGCACUCAGAACAGCCUCAAAUCGUUGAGCAUGGAUUCUACAAGGUGUCGAAAGCAUUCCACAGGGAUGCUGGCCCAUGUUGACUCCAAUGCUUCCCACAGUUGUGUCAAGUUGGCUGGAUGUCCUUUGGGUGGUGGACCAUUCUUAAAACACACAGGAAACUGUUGAGCGUGAAAAACCCAGCAGCGUUGCGGUUCUUGACACAAACCGGUGCUCCUGGCACCUACUACCAUACCCCGUUCAAAGGCACUUAAAUCUUUUGUCUUGCCCAUUCACCCUCUGAAUGGCACACAUACACAAUCCAUGUCUCAAUUGUCUCAAGGCUUAAAAAUCCUUCUUUAAACUGUCUCCUCCCCUUCAUCUACACUGAUUGAAGUGGAUUUAACAAUUGACAUCAAUAAGGGAUCAUAGCUUUCACUUGGAUUCACCUGGUCUGUCUACAGUGCAUUAGGAAAGUAUUUAGACCCCUUGACUUUUUCCACAUUUUGUUACGUUACAGCCUUGUUCUAAAAUGUAUUACAUUGUUUUCCCCCCUCAUCAAUCUAUACACAAUACCCCAUAAUGACAAAGCAAAAACAGGUUUUUAGAAAUGUUUGCAAAUUUAUAAAAAUAAAAUAAUAAACUGAAAUAUCACAUUUACAUAAGUAUUCAGACCUUUUACUCAGUACUUUGUUGAAGCACCUUUGGCAGCAAUUACAACCUCAAGUCUUCUUGGGUAUGACGCUACAAGUUUGGCACACCUGUAUUUGGGGAGUUUCUCCCAUUCUUCUCUGCAGAUCCUCUCAAGCUCUGUCAGGUUGGAUGGGGAGCGUUGCUGCACAGCUAUUUUCAGGUCUCUCCAGAGAUGUUCGAUCAGGUUUAAGUCCGGGCUCUGGCUGGGCCACUCAAGGACAUUCAGAGACUUGUCCCGAAGCCACUCCUGCGUUGUCUUGGCUGUGUGCUUAGGGUCGUUGUCCUGUUGGAAGGUGAACCUUCGCCCCAGUCUGAGGUCCUGAGCACUCUGGAGCAGAUUUUCAUCAAGGAUCUCUCUGUACUUUGCUCCGUUAAUCUUUCCCUCGAUCCUGACUAGUCUCCCAGUCCCUGCCGCUGAAAAACAUCCCCACAGCAUGAUGCUGCCACCACCAUGCUUCACUGUAGGGAUGGUGCCAGGUUUCCUCCAGAUGUGACACUUGGCAUUCAGGCCAAUCUUGUUUCUCAUGGUCUUAGAGUCUUUAGGUGCCUUUUGGCAAACUCCAAGCGGGCUGUCAAGUGUCUUUUACUGAGGAGUGGCUUCCGUCUGGCCCCUCUACCAUAAAGGCCUGAUUGGUGGAGUGCUGCAGAGAUGGUUGUCCUUCUGGAAGGUUCUCCCAUAUCCACAGAGGAACUCUGGAGCUCUGUCAGAGUGACCAUUGGGUUCUUGGUCACCUCCCUGACCAAGGCCCUUCUCGCCCGAUUGCUCAGUUUGGCCAUGCGGCCAGCUCUAGGAAGAGUCCUCAUGUAAUACUUAUGUAAAUAAGGUAUUUCUGUUUUUUUUAUUUUUAUAAAUGUGCAAAGAUUUCUAAAAACCUUUUUUUGCUUUGUCAUUAUGGGUUAUUGUGUGUAACAUUUUUUAUUUCAUCAAUUUUAGAAUUGCUGAGUAACAUUUUUUAUUUCAUCAAUUUUAGAAUAAGGCUGUAACGUAACAAAAUGUGGAAAAAGUCAAGGGGUCUGAAUACUUUCCGAAGGCACUGUAUCUCAUGGAAAGAACAGGUGCUCAUAAGGUUUUGUACACUCAGUGAAGCGAGAUGUAGAAACCUUUGUCACUCUUAAACCUGCCAACACCCCUGUUCACCCCUCUUCAGGUACACCGGGAUUUCCGUCUGUGGCUCACCAGCAUGCCCAGCAGCAAGUUCCCAGUGUCUAUCCUCCAGAAUGGCUAUAAGAUGACCAUAGAGCCUCCCAGAGGCAUCAAGGCUAACCUGUUGAAGACUUCCCUGAGCCUGAAUGAUGACUUCAUCACUACCUGCACCAGGGUCUGGCUCCUCUCACUUCCAUACCAUACUGUGACUGUAUUGUGUAAUUCAAGUGGAAAACAACAUAUACAGACCCCUCACCUAACACUGUCCCCUGCUCCUCCUCUUCUUUCCUUUCCAGGCUGCAGAGCUUAAGUCCCUGCUCCUGUCUCCGCCUGUUCCACGGGAAUACCAUUGAGCGCAGGAAGUUCGGCCCACUGGGGUUGAACAUCCCAUAUGAGUUAAUUGACGGUGACCUGUGCAUCUGUAUCAGCCAGCUCAAGAUGUUCCUGGAGGAGUACCAGGACGUCCCCUACAAGGUGGGGAAGACACUCUCUCUCUCUCUCCCUUUCUCUUCCUUUGGUAUUUCUCUUUUCAUCUCCCCUCUCCUUCUUUCUCUUUUGUCUCCUCUCAUGUCCUACCCUUUUAUCUCUGGUCCUUUUGUGCUAGCUAUUCUCCACUCCACUAUUCAUACACUUCUCUCCUGUCUGCAGUCCUGUAACUUAUCUCUCUUCUCUCCCUGUAACGCUUUACACGUCCUUGUCCUCUGUCUGA